CGCCAGUCAGUUGUCAACUGACAGCGGAACGAGAAAGACGCGGCCGCUACGACCAGCGUGUUCUCAAACAAAACUUCACGCAACUUUACUGCAGUUGCGAGCGAACUAAGUGUUAGAUUGCGUGCAAAGUGCUAUAGUGUUUAGUGAUGACUUUUGUAUGGAAUCGUCGGCUUUCAUGUCUCCUGGACGAGCGUUGAUGUCAGAGGAGAUGGAUGCGAAAGACCGGCUUGUGGAGGAGGUGAUACUCCUCGCCCUGUUUCUUGUCUCGACGGCGGCCAAUUCGUUGGCACUCUUGGUGUUCUGUCGACGACCUGGGCUGAGAACUAUAUCCAAUAGGUUCGUCAUUAACCUACUGGCGACGAAUUUGGUGACGACCUCCCUGCUCGCGCCCGCGCUGUUCGGCGAGCACUCGGCGAGGGAGGUGCGCGGCUGGGUGGAGGCGGGGGACGCGGCGGCGGCGGCCUGCAGCCUGGCGGCGCUGCUGGCCGUCACGCUCAUCGCGCUGGACCAGCACCACGCGGUGACCGACCCCCUGCGCUGCCACGCGCGCCUGCUGCAGCGCCGGCCCGCCUCGUUGUGCGCGCUCACGUGGCUUGCCGCGCUCGUCGCCGCCGCCGGCCGCGCCGCCGUCGCCGUCUGCCGCCAUCACUACCCGCAGGAGCCCGCCGUGCGCGCAGCUGAAAUAGCGUACUACGCCGUGUACCUCGUCGCCGGCGUGCUCGCGCCCGUGAGCAUCGUCUGCGUCAUGUACGCGAGGAUUUACCGCGCGGCGCGCUCGUCCGGCCUGCGGGCGCGCGCGCACGGCGCCAGCGCCAUGCAGCUCCACGAGCCUCAGAUAAUUCUGCCCGACCUGAUAGAGGAGGAGGGGCUCACUUUGAAAAUCGACAUACCCGACAACGCCGCAGAGAGCGAACCCAAGUUCGGCCCGUUCCUGUUGCCUCCGGAGCGGCCGGUGCGUUGCCCGUCUGUCGCGAGCUUGAGAAACGCGCGAAGAGAGGGCAAGUCUACCGAGGACGUCCGGCGAGGUCUGCCGGCGGUCAGCUCUGCGCCGACGUUGGCGGCGCCCCUUCUAGUACCUCAGACGACUCUGCCUUCCAACGGCGGAUCUAGGAUAACGUCGAUCCGCUGCCGCAUUUCGAACGCCUCGCUGUUUCGGUACAGAGAAGAAUCUCGUGCGGCCAGAGUCGGAUUGAUUACCGGUGCGCUAGUGUCGCUGCACGUGCCGCACGCGGUGACGGCGCUGGUGUCGGCCGCGCUGCCGGGGCUGGCGGACGGCGCGAGGACGCCGGCGCUGGCGUUGUUGUUGCUCGCUUCGGCGGCGUCGCCGUUCCUGUUCGCGCUGCGCUCGCGGCGGGUGCAGCGGGAGGCGAGGCGGCUGCUGCUGCCAGAAAAGAGUGCGUGGGACCGGCCGUCGCGCGCGGCGAGCGCGGCGGCGGCGGACGGGCAGCGCGCGCGCGCGGCGCUCGACCUGCUGCGCACGCUGUCGCCGCCGGAGGGCGCGGGCUGCGCGGCGGACGCGGGGGGCGCGGAGUGCCGCAGCUCCUUCAGCUCCGGGGGCAGCACGCAGAUGUCCACCGCGUCGGAGGAGUGACCCCCCGCGCGGGUGCGCUUCGCCGCGCGACCCCCCGUGCGACCCACCGCGCGACCCACCGCUCUACUCAUCUGUGAUACUAGGAUAAGACGACCCGCGCUCGGCGCGAACGUUAGACUGAUUUAGCGUAAGAUAAUUUAUUAUUGUGUCGAUGUACCUUUCCGCUGAGCGGACAACUUUUAUUACCUGAUGUGAAAUACGUGAAUGUAUUAAAAUAUUUGUAUUCAAAUCAUGAA